AUGCUGCAGCAGUCGGCCACGGGCCUGAUAAAGAAUUCCAAGUCGCGGGUCUACUACGUCGACAUGUGGUCCGGAGAGGUCCUGGAGCAGCAGCAUCAUGACCUCUCCAAGCUCACUCGUCUCGAAGCCGACCAGCUCCAUAGCGAGGCUAGCAAGAUGGGCGAGUCGGCCCUGAAAGUUGGCUGCGUUGCACGCUUCAAAGAGCUGGACAAGAAGCCGACACCGCCACCACGGCUGGAGCAGCAAGUGCUGGAGUCUGGAAGUCUUCAUCGGGAGCAACUGGACAAGGUGGAGCGGGCUCAAGAUAAGCUGGAGCGCUGGAAGAAUGAGACCUUGCAACUGGAGCAGGACAACCAGGAAAUGGUCACGGUGCUCAACCAAUUGGACAAGAAACACUUUGAGCUGGUCGACAAGCUACAGAGGGAGGCGGCUCAUAACAAAUAUAAGCGCAAUCAGAAGCCACGGUUUGUCCUUGAGGACCUCCUCUCAGGCAAGAUCGAUUCGAUUGAGAUUGACGUGGGGGGCUGCUGCAAGUUUCAAAAUAUGGUGAUCUUGAGUGGCCGCCUGCUGAUCUCAAGGAACUACGCGCACGGCAAGAUUCUCUGGCAUCAGGUGGAGCUGAGGCUGGCGCCAGGGACCUUCCUACUUCCGUCGUCGGGGACGACGAUGAACGAGGAGCUGAAGGAGGAGUUCCAGGCAGCAGCGGCAGUCAGUCAGCGGCUGCGAUUGGAGAGGGUUCGGGCCAAGGCCGCCGCAGCCGAGGCUGAGAGGGCCCAGCGAGGAGCCGCGGCGCCGGCGCCGACGCUGCCGACCUGCAACAACCAGACCUACGACUGCUCCGCACCGAGCCCGUGCUCGGCGCACCUCGCGACGGGCACCUCGGCGGCGGAGGGCGCGCCGGCGCGGUGGGCUGCCCUAGUCAGAUGUUUUGGACGGGGCUACGCCGUCUACAUGUCACGCCCCAGCUACGACAAUUUGGACGCUCACGCCCUGCACGAGGCCCCCGAGUUGGCUUUGAUGGAGCACUGCCGCUCCGAGGGGAAGUUGCCAGAGUCCCAGACGGCCGGGCGCUCCAGGAGUCUCACCCUUCCAGGCACGGUGGCGGAUUUCGUCGUGCUCAACAUGGUGUGCAACGAAAAGUUCGGAGAAGUCACAGUUGUCGGCCAUCGCUUAUCCGUGCAGCAGAUUGUGAAUAUUGCGCAAGUGUGGUACAGUGACGUCGAAGGGGCUAGGAGGAUAGAUCUGACUUACGACUCUGUGCAGCCAGACAUCCUUGUCACAGAUGAGUUCUUCGAAUCAAUCCACGUCCACCCUGUGCCCACGGCGCGGUGGCGGAUCUUCUUGGACUCUGACACGAUCUACACAGUCCCAGAUGUGGAGAAGGGCGAGUACUCUGCGGCGGGCUCCGGCGGAAUCCAGCUCUCCCUGCCAGACCCGCUCCUGGACCCGGUCAUCAAUUUCAAUGGGGCUCUGGAAGUGGACGAGUGCACGGAUGCGCAUUUCGAUGUUUCAGACACGACGUAUAUGGGGCCAGACGGUUAUGGAACUUACGAGUGGGAGCUUCUGGGAUAUACGGACACAAUUGAAAAACUCACUGGGCCUGACCCGUAUAACGAGACGUUGUUUCAAUUUCUAAACGAGACAUUUGUCAACGCCAAUGCCGACAACACCGGUAUCUUGACCAUACCCACGGAGUACAUGAUGCCAGCUUUCUCUUUCAACAUCCAGCUCACCGCCACCAGCUGGUGGGGAGUGUCUACGGUAUUGACAUUCACUCUUUUGAAACUCAAUUACCAGUCCCCCAUCGUUACCAUCUUGGGCACCACGGAAGUCACGUAUAACCGCACACAGUCUUUCUCAAUCAUUGCGGUAGGCCAGCCGUCUGAGUGCCAGGAAAGUACGACGGGUCUCACGUACACUUGGACCGAUCUGACCGGCCAGCUUGAUUUUGCUGCGGAGGGCAUAUUUAACAACGUCAGAACGUUGGCGAUUCCAGCUUAUACCCUCCACCCAGUCGGCACAGAAGGUGAUGAUCCCAACAUGUACAAUUUCUCCGUAACUGUGGGCCUGUCAGCCGAAUUCUUCUCAACAGCCACCGCGUCUGCUUACGUGACAGUGUAUGUGCGGCGGUCCCCUGUCUUCGUGGUCCUUGCUAAGGAAGACCACGUAAUGACUUUGGGUAAUAUUUUGGUGAUAGACGCACGGUCCUCGCUUGACGAUGACUACCCAACAGCUCUGGGAGAGACGUUCCCGGGAACCUUCGCAUACGCAUGCUUGCAAGCCGAUUUGACGCCAUGCUUCGGAACGGACCCGGAUGGCUUAAUAGGAGAUACAGAUUCUUUGCCGCAGUGCGUCACUGACUUCACGGAGACGUUAUCCUCGGGCGGGUCAUUGUUCAGUUAUCCAGUCUUCGACUCGAUGGACUUGCCGUAUUGCAGGUGGGCGAGAGGAGUACUCAUGAUUGACACAUAUAACUUAACUGCACAGGAUUAUGACUUCACUGUCUACAUUACUUCGUACGAUGGAAGGACCGCCGACAAGAGCUUCACGGUCACUCUUACCCAGCUCGAUGUUCCCUCUUUGAUUGUGGCCGUCAUCGAUCCUACAGAUGUGUCGAGGUUCCCCGUCACGGAGAUGAUCCGACUAGAAGGUAUCGUGGAGGAUGGACUUGAUCCCACAGUCCCUGUCGAGUUUUAUUGGACCUUGUACGAAUAUACAAACAAUCCUGAAUAUGAUGUUGAUCAAGCUGAAGAAGCCGCGAAGAACCCGAGCGUCAUCUACAAUGUGGACGAGUUCGUGUUCUUAGACAAGUCUGCAGAGUACAACCUGGACAACACAAGCAAUUUCGUGUGGAACUCGCUUGAGCCAGACAUGAAGAUAUUGCAGAAUUCGCUGCUGCCUUCAAGGACGUACAAGUUUCGACUCACUCUCAGCAUCAACGAUGGAGCCGUGGAGGGAUACAGCGACGUCACGUUCGAAACGGCCGGGGAGGCACCUCGGAACGGGAUCCUCACUGUAUCGCCAGCGGUCGCGAGCCUGGACCAGGCGAGGGUGUUCAGCGCCACGGGCUGGCAGGCAGAGGACCUGCCCCUGACGUACCACUUCGGGUACUACGCCUUCUUCGACGGCAACAUGGUGUCGGUCAAGUUGACCUCGGACCCGCUGCCCGUCUCCUCGACCACCUUCGAUUCCAUGGUGCUGGGCGAGCCGAGCACCAACUACACCCUGACCGUCAGCGUCGAAGUCUGCACGACCUUCCUGGCGUGCACCACCGCGGACCUCGUCGUCCAGAGCAUGCUGCCCGACGACGUCGCCGCCUACACGACCACCCUGCUCGACUCGGCGGCGACUGCCGACCCGGAGACGGCCGUCACGAAUCUGAUGACCGCAGUGAGCAUCAACACGGUGCAGCCCGCGCCGGCACCCGGGGAGGCUUUGGACGCGGAGCAGGAAGCGCUGCUGACGGCUGUCUCAGACCAGCUGAUAGAGGUGAUGUCGACGUCUCCCGUCACAGAGUCGACUCAAAUUGCCCAGGCGACUGUGAUAUCAGAGAUAAUCGAGGCCGGCUUAGUGACCAACUCGGCGGUGGACGCACUCGAGAGCAUGGUGAACAAUGCUGCCGAGGCGGAGCCCCCCUUAUUCGACAUCAACAAUCCAGACCUCAUGCAGCUCGCCUUCGGCGCCAUCAACGGCAUCCUGCCGCAAGCGCCCGACACGGCCGCAGAGCUUCCCACCGGGCAGAGCGUCACGGACUUCGAGGCCGGAAUCGCCGCCGCAACAAACAACGUCAUCCAGAACCAGCAGAUGUACAGCAGGAGUGCCAUGAGCACCACGAGCGAGAGGCAGCAGACAAACCACCCGACGGACUCUCAGAAUAAAGGUUUGAUCAACAGUUGCCCCACUGCAUAUUGCGAUAAGUUGUACCUUGCAUGCGUGCCGGCAGGGACGAGGUUGGUCUAUUUCACAUGUUGCGACACCGUCAACGAGCUCACAAGCUGUUGGUCACCUCCAUGCUGGGUGUCUGGAAACAAAUGUCCGAUCUAUUCUUGGGGAGGGUCGACAGAGAGAAGGUUGAGCUCAGGAUGGCGAAGAAAGGUCGUGCCAGCUGAGUGGGGCCGCAAGUUGUCAAGAGAGUUCAAGUUCACUAGCAUUCCAGACCACGACCCGGACAGCCGGAGCAGUAAUUGGUCGUGGCGUUGGGGCUGGCCUUCGGAGCGGAGGCUCACAGACACGAACCCUUACAAUUAUUCGUCCGUCAGUCUGGCUCUUUGGCAACUGGAGGAAGCAGAAACCUUCAUCCUCCCCUACGCCCAGGCUGCGCAGUUGGCGCGAGACCGGGCGGAGGCGCAGGAGCUGGACGAGUGGGCACAGUUGGAGGCGACUUGGGCUCUGCAAGAGCAACAGGUACCAGGCUCCACGGGCUCCGAGAGAGAGGCAGCGGAGCAGGCAGAGCAGCUUCGAAUCGCCGAGAAGUACAUCGCGGACAGGCAGAACUCGCAGACGAUCACACGCGCUGCAGUGCUGCGGGACCUCAUCUGCAAGACGGCCAUCGUGCAGAUGGGCCUGAACGAGGCGCCGAUCAGUUUCUCGACCUCCGGUUUCACCUUGUACUUUGGCAAGACAACCGACAUGAGCAGCCUGGAGGUGCCAGAUAUCCGCUUUUGGUUUCCGUCCAAGUACACUAUCCCCCCCGCCUUCGCCUCCGAGGACAACUCGUUCUCCUUCAUUUACGUUGAGUACGAUAACAAUAUGUAUUAUUGGUCGGACACCACACCGCCAACGGAUGGGAGCACACGGAUGAUUAGUCUCAUGGUCAUGCAGGCCAACACGGUAGAGUUGCAGAUUGAGAAUGAGUCAGAGCCCAUCAGGAUCUUCAUUGACGAAGAUUUGACGUCGUCUGGCGUUUGUCUCUUCUGGGACCGUUUUUAUCCAAACACUGCGGGCGGUGCAUGGUCCCCUGUGGGUCUGCUCAACAAUGGCGACGGUUGUUGGACCACGCACCUCUCGGACAUUGCGUUCUUCAUCGACGGCCGCGUGCCUUCGGCUAAGAAGCUGGCGUCGGCGACUGGUUACUACAUGGACAACUUGCGGAUAGAGGCAGUCUCUGACGUUGGCACCAAUUUCAUGCAGAUGGCUCUUGUGGGGAUGGUGUUGCUGGUGGGGACGAUCAGCACGCUAUGGGGCUACAUCAUGGAUGAGCUGCACCGCGAGAAGCAGCGCACCGGCAAGCUGCCUCGCGCCACCAUCCGAUUGAGGGGUGACGGCGUCAACGAGGCAAGGACCACGGAUGACCCGAUUGCAUACCAGCACGCCACCAACCGCCAACUCUUCCUCGCCGUCACACUCUGGCAGGUGCUGAAGCGCGACCACGCGAUCUUUGGCCCCCUCUUCUUCCACCAGACGUUUACGCGGCCGCAGCGACUCAUGUGCAUUGGCGUGAUGGUCACUGGUGUCAUGGCCGUGAAUGCCUUGAUAUAUGGCGAGCCAGAUGACUUGAUUUCGGCGGAUGCGUAUAUGGCAGGGGGCGUCUUAUCUGCUCUCGUUGUCUUUCCGCUGUAUUGCAUUGUUUGCUUCAUGUUUGCCAAUCGUCCCACCAGGCUGCGGAAGAGACUCAUCAAGAAGCACACCCCAACGGAGGCGUCCGAUGCCAUGAGCAAAAGCCGGACAGAGCUCGAGCACAAGUCGAUGAUGCGGCCUCCCCCAAAUUAUUCCACACUCCCGGCGCUGCCUCAGAAGCAAGGCAUAGAUGCUGCCGACAAGUCAUUGUUGAUGCUUCGACCGCCCAGCCUCAACACGCUGCCAGGGAUGGGCACGUUGCAGCUGCCUCCCGCAGCCCGCCUGCCCGUCGCUGGCCUUCCAGCGCUCCCAGGUGCCAUCGCUGGCCCGGGGCCCGGUGCGUUACCCUCACUGCCCGGAUUGGGCCCGUUGCCGCCGCUGCCAGCGGUGAACGCCUCAGCGCCAGCGCUGACUGGGUUGCCUCCGCUUCCCAGGUAUCCAGCUCCUCCCAGCACUGCCGCAGCGACGGCGCAGCAGCCGGCGCUGCCGCUGCCACAGCCACAGGCUGGCGCGGCCCCCGUUCCGCCUUUGCCGCAGUUGGGCCCCCCCCCCUCCGGAUCCAGCGCGAACCUGCGUCCAGGCAUGCUGCAGGGACAGCGCUGCUCCAAUGCCAGCACCAGAUCUCUGGCGCCUGCGCGCGGGUGG